AUGUCCACUCCAUUUGGUGUUGAUUUAGGUACUGAUAAUACCGUUAUUGCUUGUGCCAGAAACAGAGGUAUUGAUAUCAUUGUCAAUGAAGUUUCAAACCGUGCCACUCCUUCAUUAGUUGGUUUUGGACCAAAGAAUAGAUAUUUAGGAGAAGCCGGUAAGAAUCAACAAACUUCAAACAUUAAGAACACGGUUGAAAAUAUCAAAAGAAUUAUUGGAUUACCAUAUGAUCAUCCAGAUUUUGCUAUUGAACAACAAUAUUUUAAUGUUCCAUUAGUUAAAAAUCAAGUAGAUGGUGGUGUUUCUGCAAAAGUUAGAUAUUUGGGUAAACAACAAGAAUUCACUGCUACUCAAUUAGCUGGUAUGUAUUUGGGAAAAAUUAAGGAUAUUACAUUUAAAGAAACCAAAGCUAAUUUAAGUGAUAUUUGUCUUUCUGUUCCAGGUUGGUAUACUGAAAAACAACGUCGUGCUGCUGCUGAUGCAUGUAAGAUUGCUGGAUUAAACCCAGUUAGAAUCGUUAAUGAAGUCACUGCUGCUGCUGUUGGAUAUGGUGUUUUUAAACAAAAUGAAUUACCAGAGGAUGAAUAUAAGAAGAUUGCAUUUAUUGAUAUUGGUCAUUCUUCUUAUCAAGUUGCAAUUGCUGCUGUUAAAAAGGGAGAAUUAAAAAUCUUGGGUUCUGCUUUUGAUAAACAUUUUGGUGGUAGAGAUUUUGAUCGUGCUUUAGCUGAACAUUUUGCUCAAGAAUUCAAAGGGAAAUAUAAGAUUGAUAUCAAGGAAAAUCCAAAAGCUUAUUAUCGUGUUCUUGUUGCUGCUCAAAAAUUGAAAAAAGUCUUAUCGGCAAAUACUCAAGCUCCAUUAAAUAUUGAAUCGGUUAUGAAUGAUGUUGAUGUUUCUUCUUCUAUGACUAGAGAAGAAAUGGAAGAAAUGGUUCAACCAUUAUUAGCUAGAAUUCAUGUUCCUAUUGAAUCUGCAUUACGUGAUGCUGGUGUCACUGUUGAUGAAAUUGAUCUGAUUGAAGUUAUUGGUGGAUGUACUAGAGUUCCAUCUAUUAAAACCAGAUUAGGGGAAAUUUUUGGUAAAACUUUAUCAUUCACCCUUAAUCAAGAUGAAGCAAUUGCUAAAGGUAAUGCCUAUAUUUGUGCUUGUCAUUCUCCAACUGUUAGAGUUAGACCAUUUAAAUUUGAAGAUUAUAAUCAAUAUACUGUUUCUUAUUUCUGGGAUAAACAAGAAGAAGAUGAUGAUCAUUUAGAAGUUUUCCCUAAAGGUGGUUCAUUCCCUUCUACUAAGAUUAUUACUUUAUAUAGACAAGGUGAUUUUGAAAUUGAUGCUAAAUAUACCAAACCAGAAGAAUUACCAACUGGUACGGAUGUCAAUAUUGCUCAAUGGAAGAUUAGUGGUGUUGUUCCAAAUGAAGGUGAAUCUGGUAUUGCUACCAAAUUGAAAUUAAGAAAUGAUCCAUCUGGUUUCUAUACUAUUGAAGCAGCUUAUACUGUUGAAGAAAAGAUUGUCAAGGAAUUAAUUGAACCUGAACCAAAGGAAGGUGAUGACAAGGACGAAGAUGAAGAAGCAGAACCACAAUAUCGUGAAGUUAAGAAAUUAGUUAAGAAGAAUGAUUGUUCAAUUUCAUUUGUUGGUGCCUCAUUACCAGCUGAAGAAUUGGAAAAAUUCAUUGAAGCUGAAAAUGCCAUGGUUAUGGAAGAUAAAUUAGUUGCUGAUACUGAAGAUAGAAAGAAUGCUUUAGAAGAAUAUAUUUAUGAAUUAAGAGGAAAAUUAGAUGAUCAAUAUAGUGAAUUUGCCUCCGAUGAUGAAAAGGCAAGAUUAACUGAAAAGUUAACUAAAGCUGAAGAUUGGUUAUAUGAUGAUGGAUAUGAUUCAACUAAGGCUAAAUAUAUUGCUAAAUAUGAAGAAUUAGCUUCAAUUGGUAAUAUUAUUAGAGGUAGAUAUUUAGCUAAAGAACAAGAAAAGAAGGAACAAUAUAGACAAAAACAAGAAGCUUCACAAGCUGCUGCUAUGGCUGAAAAGAUGGCUGCUGCUAGAGAAGCUGCUAAGAAUGAUUCUGCUCCAAAGGAUGAAGAUAUUGAAAUGGAUUAA